AUGCAGAGAAAUUCAUCAGAUUCAGCAACUAUGUCAAAACUCAGAAAGCGUAGUCAUGAAUUUUUUGGUAUAAGGUUAUGGAUGCAUAAGUUCCGUGUGAAUUUGAAUAAGGUAUCCUCUGAGGUGCUUUCGGACUCUAGUGUAAGUGAUUAUGGGAAGCGUACCGUUGAUGCGUUAUUUAAUGGGAGUACGGAGAUUUCUCCUGAUUGGGUAGAACAGGAGCGCUAUCUUGAAGAUGCAAGUGCGCGUUCUCUUUCAACUACAGAUCAGGAACAAACGGCAUGUAGUAGCAAUACGGAGGAAGUGACUGAGGAGUACACUUUUAGUAGCUACGACCCUAUAAAGCAAAGGGAGCUUUUAAGUAGCCAGUGUAGUGGCCCUUUCAUCCGAGGACCCGAGAUAUGGGAGACUAGACGAAAGCUAUGGACUGCUAGGUCAGAAAAUAAUACUGAGGAUGGUGCUGCUGCACACAAGGCUAACUUCGAGAAGAUUAAGCCCCAGUACUAUCCACGCAUCUAUAAAAAGCUUGUUGUGGACGACCGCUCUCUUUCUGAACCAGUCAAUUUGUCCGAUGUCAUGAAAAUAAUCGAGGCAGGGUGGGUGGAAAAGAAGAAAUGGGAAUUGGCUUCAAAAGGUCUUUGUUAG